GGCGGCGGCGGCGGCGGAGGAGGAGGAGAUGACGGGGAAGGGGGUGCGGAGGAGGGAGAAGAACUACCGGGCGGCGCACGGGGGCGACGCGCGGCUGCCCCCGCCGCCCAAGCAGCGGGAGCUCGAGGCGCUCCCGUCCAAGCUCCGCCGCCUCAUCGCCAUCCAGAAGAAGCACGACGCCGGCAAGGCCGACGCUUCCUCAGCAGGAGGGGCUCCCGGGAAGCAUGGCGCCGACGCGACGGGGAAGGACAAGGCCGGGAAGGAUAAGAAAACCAAGAAGCAGCCGUUGGAGGCUGCCGCGGACGCCAAGGCAGCAGAGGGUGGGCCGACGGCCGACGAGAACGGGGACGCCGACGGCGGAAAGAAGAAGAGGAAGCGGGGCAAGGUCGAGGAUCUCCGUUUCAAGGAGCUCGAGGCGAAUGUCUCGGUUUCCAAGAAGCAGAAAAGGAAGAAACAUCUGGAUGAGAAGAAAAAGAAGCGCAAGGCUGGUAAGGCCGAGACUCAUCUGGAAUUCCCUGGACGUGAAAAGGUCAAAUUUGGUGAUAUUGUUGAGGCUCCACCAAAGCUAUCAUUCCCAAAGCGGAAGAGUCAUUUGGAUGUUUCUGCUGAGAGGCUAAGGAAAGAGGUGGUUGAGAAUUACCGAAACAUCAAAGGCUGGUCAUCAAGGCCUGGUCUCCAGCUUCCAACUCUAGCCGAAUAGACAUCUGUGUAACCAUUUAUCUUGUACCUUCUUAUGUUAGAUCACAGUUGCUUAUAUAUUACAAGUUGUGCACUCUCUUGUAAGCAAUUGUGAAAUGUUAUAUUGCUGUUUGAUUCGA